AUGGCUGAGAACAAUAAUAUCAUCAUCUCACCAACGGUUUCUAAGAACCAUUUGGAUUCUCUUGAUUCAAACUCCCUUGAUCAUCAAGAACCAGUGUUGACCGAUUAUGAAUCGAAGAAACUCGACAGAAUUUAUUUCAGACUCGAUUGCCGUAUCAUUCCUGCCUUAUGGUGUCUUUAUUUCUUAUCGUCUUUCGGCUCCUCCGCUUAUGGCAACACCCUCACCAUGAAUUACAAAGAUGGCCAUUCUUUGGAACAAUCCCUUGGGCUCAACCCCCACCAACUUUCCGUCGCUAGUGCCCUUUAUUACGUGUCGUUCAUCAUCUUUGACUUACCAAUGAACUUGGCAAUGACUAGACUCCCUCCACAAAUCUGGUUGGCAAGAAUCAUUAUUUCUGUCGGGCUCGUUUACUGCUGUUAUACCGCUCUUUCUACUCCGGGAGGUCUUAUUGCCAUCAGAUUCAUUAGUGGGCUUUGUGGUGCCGGAGUGUGGCCAGGUAUGGCAUUCUACAUUUCUUUAUGGUACCCAUCUCAUAGAUCGGCCAAAAGAAUCGGUUAUUACUUCACUGCGGCGCAAAUUUCUGCUGCGGUUGCUGGUUUGGUCAGCGCUGGCUUCCAGAAAAUCGAUGGUAAUAGGGGUUAUUACGGCUGGCAAUGGUUGUUCUUAACCUACGGGCUUAUCACCAUCGCCGUAGGCAUAUCUUUAGUUUGGUGGUUGCCAGACAGACCUAACACUUCAGAAAAUAUUGGGCAAAUACUGGUCAAUCGUUUCGAAGCUAAAUUGCACAAUUUGUUCCCAAAAAACCCUUACCCUCUUAAUGAAGUCGAUGCGGAUAUUCACAUGAAAGAUGUCGAAUCACACACCAAAAGAAAGUUCGACUGGAAUGCCAAAGACUUACUCGCGGUGAUGAAGGAUGUCAGAAUUUGGCCAUUGAUCAUGAUGUAUUUUGGUGUCGUUGGUACUGGUUUUGGCUUGGCGGUGUUUGGCACGACAAUUAUCAAAACUAAUAACCCAAGUCUUUCCGAUAUCGAUGUUUCGUUGUUGUACGCUCCAAUCUGGUUGUUUGAUUUGGGAGGGAUCCUUACUCUUACCCCAUUUGCCGAUAGAUAUAAGAAAUAUAGAGGUUUGGUUUUCAGUUUUGCUUGUUGCAUCAUCAUUUGUGGCUUGUGCGUUACCACAUAUGCCAAAGGUGAUUGGAGCAGAUACGGUGGUUUGUUAAUUGCCGGCUACGGUUUAGGUCCAACCGUCCCGAUUUGUAUGGCAUGGAGUGCAGAAAUCUUUCAACCAAGACAUGGGGACGUGGGAACUGCUGCGGCUUCUGCCCUUGUUUCUGGUCUUGGUAACUUGGGUAGUGUCAUGGCCACUUAUGCGUUGUACAGUGGUUGGCCUGCUGAUAAGGAAAGAAUGUACCGUGACAGUAACAUGAUUCUUGUUUUGAUCACUGGUAUCAGUAUGAUUGCAUCUUUCAGCUGUUAUGCGCUUCGUAAAUUCCUUGGUGAUUUUGAUAAAUAG